GUUAAGCAUGAGACUCCUUGGGACUCUCAUUCUCUUCGUUAAUUUGCAAACAUUGCCUUGCAUUUUGGGAAGUGGUACCACACGGACAUGUGAGAAGUCCCAGUUCUCUUGUGCCAGUGGAAGGUGCAUCCCACGUAUCUGGGAAUGUGACGGGGAUAGAGACUGUGAUGAUGGGAGCGAUGAGGCCCACUGCUGGGAAAGGAUGUGCUCAGGGUUUGUCUGUGAGGAUGGCAGCUGCAUAGCUCAGAGUGCGCUCUGUGAUGGUACAGCUGACUGCAGCGAUGGAUCAGAUGAACUGGAGGACACUUGUGGUGUGACCAAGUGCAAGCAGGAUGAGUUUGCUUGUGGGAAUGGGAGAUGCGUAUCGCUUAGCUUCCGCUGUGAUGGCAGGGAUGACUGCGGAGAUAGAAGUGACGAGGACACCUGUCAGAAGUGUGCUGCGGACUCUUUCUACUGCAUCCCCUCACGGAGCUGUUUGCCUAAAAUCAGUCUGUGUGACGGCACCCCUGACUGCCCUGAUGGGGCGGAUGAACUUGCCGAAGCAUGUGGGUUGCCCCAGCCUGCUCACCCCUCCUGUCACAGGUCAGAGUUUAGGUGUGGGAGUGGGCAGUGCAUCCCUCAUUCCUGGAGGUGUGAUCAUUCCCAGGACUGUGCUGAUGGGAGCGAUGAAGAGGACUGUGAUCGUGACGAGUGCCUGGAAAACAAGGGUGGCUGCUCUCAUGAUUGCGUGGACCUGCCCCUCGGCUUCAUUUGCAAGUGUCCCAGUGGAAUGAGGCUGGUUCGGGACACACAGUGCGAGAAAAUCGAUGAGUGCCUCGACACUGAUGUGUGCAGUCAGCUGUGUGUACAUGCCAAUGGAAGCUUCAUAUGUGACUGUGAGGCAGGUUACCGGAAGAGCCCAGGGACAGGCGAGUGCAGGGCUGGAGGCGAGACGGCUCUGUUAGUGUUCAGCAGCUCAGAAGGGCUGCGGCGGAUAGACACUGCUGGAUUGGAGUACAGGGAGAUAUCAGGGGCUCUUGGGGGAACUGGUCCUCUCGCUGUUCUGACUGCAAACCGUACUGUUUACUGGGGAAAUUCAGAACAGGGCGCAAUUUACAGGGUCUCCUUAGAUGACAACAUUCAGGAGCCUGUGUUGGUGCUGGCUGGUCUUGGUGACCCUCUGGGGUUGACUGUGGAUUGGAUCCAUGGGCUUCUUUACUGGACUGAUGCCAACACCCGAUCUGUCAACGUGGCACUACUGAAUGGGUCUAAGCAGCGUCUUCUAAUUGGUGGGCUGUUUAAGCCAACUGGUGUGGCUGUGGAGCCUUUGCUGGGGUUUCUGUUGUGGGCAGACAGUGGCAGCUCUGCAAGAAUUGAACGGGCUAGUUUGGAUGGGCAAGACAGAGUUGCACUGGUCACCUCUGCUAUACACAGUCCAGUUGCCAUCUCCCUCGACAUGCCUCGUCAGCUGGUAUACUGGGCCGACUCUGGGCUGCGCACCAUCUCACGGGUUGGGCUGGAUGGACAGCAUCGCAAAGUAGUGGUGGAAUCCAAUGGAUAUCUGGACAGACCUUUCGGACUAGCAGUGUUUGAGGGACGUGUGUUCUGGAGUGAUGAAGACACACACUCACUGUGUAGUGCAGACAAGCACAAUGGCAGCCUGUUCAAGGUCCUCCUAUCCAACAGUGCUACUACUGGGGGCCUAGUGCUUGUCCAUUCUGUCCUUCAGCCACAGGGCCAUGGAGUAUGUGGCCAUUCUAGGCAGCUGUGUCCGAAUCGGUGUGUGCCCAGGCUCUUCACUAGCUCUCAGACUCCCCAUUUCUCCUGUGAGUCCCCUGCUGACCUCGCUGAUGAUGACCCAGUGCAGGCACCAGUCCUUCAUGAUACUACCUCUGCAGGUAUCCCUGCACUCAUUGACCAUAACCUGACAGACCCGGUACAGACACCAGUCCUUCCUGAUACUACUUCUGCAGGGAUUCUUUCACUCAUAGUGGUGUUGAGUGUGAUUCUGGCUGGGCUGGUUCUGUGGUGGUGGAGAGGGGAGUGCAGCACAUCUCCCACCCUCACUGUUCAGGGUGAUCUCUCACUGAAAGAAUCCCAGGACCCCCUUGUACCUGUUGGAAUCUCUGAGACUUGUCCUCACAAGGACACACUGAUAAAGGUGGAUGUAGACUCAGACUGAGCCAAGCAUUCCCGUCUAAGAGUCAAAGGCGAUCAAACCACCAUGGCCCAGCUCUAUCUUCUCAGCCUCCUUUCUGUUGUGGGGCUGGCGGUGUGGUGAGGACAGAGAGAUGGUUAAAUCUUCCAGUAUGUUGACUGAUGUCUUGUCACCCUGCCUUUUUCACUUUCAUGUCUGGGUGAUGAAUCGGAGGAAUCACUGGCUUCACUGUGACCUCUAGGUCACAGUCUAUCACUGUGAUUUCUAGGGUAUGACUUUGAUCAAGUACCUAUGACUUGAAAACUGACACUAAAUAUUUAUUGCACUUCCUUGAUGUUAUUUUGAACAUUGUCUGUUCUUACUUCAUUUUGAGCUCUGCUCAUCACCACAUUCUAGCUACAUUAGGCAGCUUUCAGUGAUAAAAACUUUGAAAAAAACUUUGUGCGGUGUUAUCACUCAGUGGCUUCUCCUGUACAGAUUUAAAACCUGUCUUUGUGUAAUGAGAUGCCUUAGCAUGCUGAGCUAUACAGCAAACACAGAUGAACAGAAGUCAUAAAUUAUGCUCCUUGUCUUCUACUUUUUUCUGAGGCAUUGCCUUGGCAAGAACAAGAGGGGACCUUUAGCACUCAGCUCUUUUAAGACAGUUAAAUCAUUCUGUUGCCUCCUUUAGCUGCUUUACAUGGGUCUGAGCAGUGCCAUGCAUAUGUCCUCUGAUAUUAGUAUUAUUUUUGAUUAUUAUUUAUUUUGAAUCUGUAAGCUGUCUUUACAGGUUGGUAUGAUGAGUUUGACUAUGAUUUAUCAAGCAGGAAAGAACUGUUUUAUCUUUAUUUAAGAAUACCUGU